GGGCUGAUGAGUCGCCGGCGUGAGUCGCGUAUGGGGCUGUACCACCAACAACUGCCGGCCAUAUAACAUCCAGCAGGGAACGGCCAUCAUCCGAGAAAGCUGAACCAACAGUCAGAGUCCAACUUCCACCAUCACCUGACGGUCCCACCACCACCACCGCACAAGUUGCUCAAAAUAUAAUUCACCAAAUUUGCAAAUCAAAUUGAUUGUCUACCUCCAACGUCGUCGGAAAUGUUGAAAAAGAACGUCGGAAUUUGGCUGGUCAUCUUGACGGCCGUCGUCCAUUUAUUGAUGGCGCCGGUUGACGCUCAAAGGACUACGACGGUCACCAGGACGACCACUUCCACCGUCACCAACGUCGUCACUAGCCUCUCCAACGUUGUUUGCGCUAAAUUGGUGAACGUGACGGGCGUGUGCCGGAGACGUCGCGGACUACCGAUCGACGAGCCCGUCGUUUUGACCUUUGACGAGCAGCUGGAAGAGGCCGUCGACCAGGCCUUUUAUCACGCCCUUCAUCCGGGACAAUUCGUCCCGACCAGAACACUCGGAGUGGAAGUGACACCGUUGGUCCUGUUGCCGGUCAUGACGCAUUCGGAUGACUAUUACGGCAUUCAUCCGCCGCCGGGCGCUGCCAUCAAUGCCGUCCAGCCUUCGAUGCUGGAGAGACCCAGAUAUUCCGGCCGUAAUAAACUGAAUAACGUCGAUCAAAAUGGCGGCAGUGAUGACAGUUCACCGGAAUCGCGAAUUUAUUUCGCUCAGAUCGCAGCCAUCGCCAACGCCAUCGCCAAUGUCUUCAGACCUCCCGUGACUCUCACGACAACAGUCACAGCCAUCACGACGCAAGUUUCGACUUCGACCAAGUUCAGCACGACCAGUUUCUUCGUCAUGGGCUGCACGCCGAAGCCUUUCCCGUUCAGUGUCUGCGCCGGCAGGCGGUCCGGUGACAGCAACGAUCCGGCGGAUGGUCAUCCGGCAUGAUUAUCAAAUAUAACCGCCAAUUUCAAAUAAUGAUGGACGGUUUAUUUUGACACACACAACGAUUUCAAUAGUCUUUUUUAUCUAGAAUUGAAACAGCGCUCAUUUGUUUUAUUUGAUUUCUAUAUUCUCCCAUUAUUCUAUCAUUGUUAUUUAUUGAAUUGAUUAACAAUCUUAUUUAUUUAUAUUAUUGAUGUCGAACAAAUCAAAUAAGUGUAAUAACCUUCUUAAUUUAAGAAACGCUCGGGGGGCAAGUGAUCAAAUUGCUCCUCCCAGGCCCUCAUCAAUCAAACGCGAAAUUUGUUGAAACAUAAAUUGGCCUAGCUUAUUAUUGUUCAUAUCGUAGGAACGUUUUAUAUUGUGUAUUAGAUUUGAAAAAUCGUCAUUAUUUAAUUAAUUUAACAUAUUGUGGUAUUUAUUCAAACCCAGUCGAUUAAUUAUAGUAUAUAAAAUGUUGUUAUAUAUAUAUUUAUUAUACAUAUUUAUAUAUAUUUAUUCGCUGCAGAGCAGAGAAAAUACACUUUUGUUUGAGGGAGAAAAAAGGGUCUGGCACCCGAUUUUCCCAAACUGA